UGAGGAGCUGGUAGUGACCCAGAGCAGCUGGUGAACAGGUUCUGCUCUCUCCACCCCCUCCUGGUUCCCAGCUUGGUUCAGUCCGGGCUGCUAUCAUAAACAAGAUGGCUGCUUGAGUGUUGACGCGCUGAAGUUCAGUUUUAUCUCGAAUUCCAAACCUAAACGCCAUCUACUCCUUUAACCAAAUUGCUCCUCGAUGCGAUAACAUCCCGAGCUCUGGACAGGCCUCUGUUCUCCUGUCACACCAUCCCUCUGCUUCUCCUCCAUCUCUACACCCCUCAACGUCCCUUGACCUCCAAUUAAUUACUCCAUAUUUCCACUGACCCUCCCUCACGCAGGGACUUUUGCAACCGACAUCCACUGAUUUCUGGACAUACAAUGUUGUCACGAGUCUUGGAUGUCAUGGAUAAGUGGCCGGAGAGAGUUAAAUCCCGAAAUCCAGAGCAGUUACACUGAGAUUCCUCCAAACAAAAGACAUCAUGGAGAUGAGAAUAGUUCAGACGUAGGCCUGAACUCAGCAGAACCCCAUCUGAACAGACAUCAGAUAGUUUUACCGAGGUCCUGAUAUCCGUUUCUUUGCAGCAAUCUGAGUGUUUUUGCACUUCAGAGCUAGACAUAGAAAGCAAGUAAUGAAUGAUGCUGGCCAUGGUGACUUAGUGUAAAUGGCUAUUAAUCAGCACAGCUCAGUGACAGUAUUCACUGCUCAAUCUUCCUGCCCCUCUCAGUUCUCCUCUCGCUCCCUCUCCCCGUCGCUGCCCUUGUCCGUUUGGAUUCGCUACCACCUCCUGACCUGUCCGACCUCCUUCCCACAUCACCAUGGCCACCGGCCUGGGGAUUUUGAAGCUGCUGCGAGGGGUCCGCCAGCUGGAGCUUCACCGCCUGAUUCUGGCAUUGAUAGUCUUCUGCCUGCUCUCCAUGGCACUCUUGGCUUACUACGUCUCCAACAGCCCCAAAAUCAAGGACUCACCACCUUUACCCUUCAGUGAUUGUGGUGGAGGUGGGGGGACGCUGCUGGGGAUGGGUACUGGGGCCGACGGUGGCGAGACGGGAGGCCAGAGGUCCCCUCUCUUCCUUCCAGUGCGCCAGGGGCGACUCCAGGAGGUCAAGACGAUUGACAACUCCAGGACGGAGCCAGUGGUUCUGGUGUUUGUGGAGAGCAUCUAUUCCCAACUGGGCCAAGAAAUCGUUGCCAUCUUAGAAUCGAGCCGCUUCCACUACCGCACAGAGAUUGCUCCUGCUAAGAGUGACAUGCCCACGCUGACGGAGCACAACCGUGGACGAUACGCCUUGAUCAUCUAUGAAAACGUGCUGAAAUAUGUCAACCUCGACGCGUGGAACCGAGACUUGCUGGACAAGUACUGUGCCGAGUACGGAGUGGGCGUCAUUGGUUUCUUCAAAGCAACUGAGAACUCGCUUCAUAGUGCACAACUCAAAGGUUUCCCCCUCUUUCUACACUCGCACCUCGGACUCAGGGACUACCGUAUAAGCCCCAGUGCGCCGCUGCUUUACAUCACCAAGCCCAAUCAGGUGGAGCAGGGCUCUUUGCCGGGGGAUGAUUGGACGAUUUUCCUGUCUAACCACUCUACAUAUGAACCAGUUCUUUUAGCCACCCCUAAGUCCUCAGAUCCCCUGGCACAUUUUGGACCUGGCCCCUUGCAGGCCCUCUAUUCCACCGUGGUGCAGGACCUGGGGCUCCAUGAUGGCAUCCAGAGAGUUCUCUUUGGAAAUAAUCUCAAUUACUGGCUUCAUAAGCUGGUGUUCGUAGACGCCAUCGGCUACCUGACGGGGAAAAGACUGUGUUUGUCAUUGGACCGCCACAUCCUGGUGGACGUGGAUGAUAUUUUUGUGGGCAAGGAGGGGACUCGUAUGAAGGUGUCUGAUGUGGAGGCCUUGCUGAACACUCAAAAUAAGCUAAGAGCGCUGGUUCCUAAUUUCACCUUCAAUCUGGGAUUUUCCGGAAAAUUCUACCACACAGGAACCGAUGAGGAGGACCAGGGAGACGACAUGCUGCUGCAGCACAGGAAGGACUUCUGGUGGUUCCCUCACAUGUGGAGCCACAUGCAGCCUCACCUCUUUCACAAUGUCAGCGUCCUGGCUGAGCAAAUGAAGCUCAACAGGAUCUUUGCUCAGGAGCAUGGAAUCCCAACAGACAUGGGCUACGCAGUGGCUCCGCACCACUCCGGGGUCUACCCUGUCCACACCCAGCUGUAUGAAGCCUGGAAGUCUGUGUGGGGAAUCAAAGUGACCAGCACUGAAGAGUACCCUCAUCUGAGGCCAGCGAGGUACCGCCGGGGCUUCAUCCACAACGGAAUCAAGGUGUUGCCCAGGCAGACCUGUGGCCUCUUCACACACACCAUCUUCUAUAACGAAUACCCUGGAGGCUCCAAGGAGCUGGAUAAGAGCAUCAAAGGAGGAGAACUCUUCCUCACCGUUCUCCUAAACCCUAUCAGCAUCUUCAUGACUCACCUGUCCAACUAUGGAAAUGAUCGUCUGGGCCUCUACACCUUUGAAUCUCUGGUGAAGUUUGUCCAGUGCUGGACAAACCUCAGGCUGCAGACCCUACCUCCCGUUCAACUGGCAGAAAAAUAUUUCCAGAUCUUCCCAGAAGAAAGGAACCCACUCUGGCAGAACCCAUGUCACGACAAAAGACACAAAGACAUCUGGUCCAAAGAGAAAACCUGUGACAGACUUCCUAAAUUCCUUAUUAUUGGACCACAGAAAACAGGCACUACAGCACUUCACUCAUUCCUGAGCCUCCACCCGGCCAUCACUGGCUCCUUCCCCAGCGCCACCACCUUUGAAGAAAUCCAGUUCUUCAGUGGACUCAAUUAUGACAACGGGAUUGACUGGUACAUGGAGUUCUUCCCAUUCCCCUCCAAUGUCAGUGCAGACUUCAUGUUUGAAAAAAGUGCCAAUUACUUUGACUCAGAAAUGGCUCCCAAACGAGCAGCAGCACUGUUACCCAGAGCCAAAGUCUUGGCUGUGCUCAUCAACCCGUCUGACAGAGCAUACUCCUGGUAUCAGCACCAGAGAGCCCACCAGGACCCAGCGGCGCUCAACAACACCUUCCAUGCAGUGGUAACCGCAGCCGCCUCGUCCCCCAGAGCCUUGCUAGUUCUGCAGAAACGGUGCCUUUAUCCAGGGGCCUACGCCUCUCAUUUGGAGCGAUGGCUGCAGUAUUACCAACCCAGCCAGCUGCACAUUGUGGACGGGGCCUUGCUGCGCUCCAAUCCUGUUCUGGUGAUGGAGGGAAUUCAGAGAUUUCUGGGUGUUACUCCCAUCUUCAACUACACACAGGCUUUAAUGUAUGACGAUGGUAAAGGUUUCUGGUGUCAGCGAGUGGAAGGAGCCCGGUCCAAAUGUCUCGGAAAGAGCAAAGGCAGGAAGUAUCCAGAGAUGAGUUCUGAGUCACGUGCCUUUCUAACAGAGUACUACCGUGACCACAAUAUGGAGCUGGUACGCCUGCUGAACCGGCUGGGCCAACCACUGCCAUCCUGGCUUCACCAAGAACUCCAGAAUUCCCGCUGAAGCCGAGGGCCUCUUGUCACACGGAGUCUGUUCUCCAGAAAACUGCUCCCAACACUUCUUACUUUUAGAGCUUCUUUUCCCAGGACUCCUGAUGAAACGGGGGUGGGGGUAGAGGAAAACGGGGGUAGCUCCAUGAACACUCUCUUGUUCUGUUGCCGACAUCGGUCUGCGGCGCAGGACGCAUCAGCUGAGAAUCAAAGAUCCAAGGGACUCGAGCUUUAAAGACAAAUGAGUCAGUGACUGAAGACUGAAGCAGUGGGUUGGUUACCUGUAUGGUGUAACACAGGGGGUUAGCAGGCACAGGCAUACUGAUGCUCCCACAGAAUGGAGUUAGGUCAGAGGUCAGACAGGUUGAAGCAGACAUGCUGAUCCUCAUCCACAUCUCUCUCUCUAAAACACCAGUUCUACUUGAUAAUCAGUCGGCAGGGCUCCAACUGUGGACUCAAACUAAAGGCUCUGCAGGGAUCUAGUAAAAUAAUAAACCAAGUGAUACACACACAUUUAACUGGCCAACACCUGAAAACAAGCUGUAGUUUUUUUUUGUUUUUUUUUUUUUGGAUUUGAUCAGAUUAGAACAGUUCGGUAUGCGUGGCAUCAGUGUUGUGAUGGAUUUUCAACCCUAUAAUCAACAUCUGGGACUCUUCAUGCUCGGUGUUAUCACAGCAGACACACAGGGAGGCUAAUGAAUAUAGGGGUUUGGUCCAGUUCAUAAGUGUCCCAGUGCUACUGGAGCUCCAGUUCUUCCCAAUUCCACCAGUCAAGCUCUGAACUCCAGCAGCAACAUUCAGAAAUCUCAGCACCAACUCUUCUCUGUUGGACCAGAGGAAACAACCACUUUCAUCAGAGACUGGAGUUGGACCAACAACCAAUUCUUAUUUUUAUGAACAGCAUGUUUAAAAAAAAAUAAAAAAAAUAAAAUAUGACCUGAAAAAAAAAACAAAAGCUAAGAAAAACAAUUAAAAGGUGGAUUGAUCUGUUGGACAGCAUGGCUCUGUUAUCGCUUAUCUUGCUGCUGUUUUGUUUUAAAUCACAGCAUCAACUUAUGCCUCAGCACUUUCAGGUUAAACACCUGCCUGAUGCUGUGUUGACGUUCUGUUUGCAUCUCUGUUGAUAUAAGCUGAACAGAGAUGGGACGUGUUGAGUCAUUUUAAGGAGCGCUCACUAACAUUAGUAUUUGGAAGUAAAAUUGGUGAGCGCAGCACAUCUGGAACAGAACUAGCACGCUGAUGCGCUAGGUCCGAUGUUGCAGAAAAUGUUCAAAACCCCUGGCUCGUCGAGCCUAAUCAAACCUCUAAAUUUUCAUUAUUUACAGUGUAAAUUUCCUCAUGGUCGCCAUCUUGACUAAAUCCCAAAGUUUUUGCCUGAGAAUUGCGCAUACAGGCAUUUUUCUUUUGUUUUAGUGAGAGUGGCUGCACCCCGUUCUAAAUCUGUGUACUAACCUGGUAAAGCUGAUGUCA